GCCUUUAUUAUCUUAUUUAUUUUCUCAUAUAACGUUUCUAUAAUUUUGCAUAUAAAAUCCCUCAACACGCUUAGAUAAAUCCUCUAUAUUUCUACUGUCAAACUGCGCUAUCGCUGCCGGCGCUGACGUAGUCGUUAUAUUUGUUUUUCACCGAUUUGACAUUUUGCUGUCUAGCCGUUGUCGCUGUCGUCGUCGCCGUUGUCGUCGUUAACGCAGCUGAGUCUUCGUAGGUUGUUCGUCAUUGAUUUUUUAUUUUUUCCAACGCAUUUCCGCAAACGGCAGUGAAAAAAUUUUGUGUCUUUCAAAUAAAAUUCCCUAACAUCAUAAAUUGUUGCAAUUAAUUGCAAAUUUGUGGAAAAUUUGCAAUUAUGGGCGACAAUGAGCAAAAAGCGCUGCAAUUGAUGGCUGAGGCCGAGAAGAAAUUAACGCAGCAAAAAGGUUUUCUCGGUUCACUUUUUGGUGGUUCGAAUAAGGUUGAAGAUGCCAUCGAAUGCUACCAACGCGCCGGCAAUAUGUUCAAAAUGUCCAAAAAUUGGGCUAAAGCUGGCGAAUGCUUCUGUGAGGUAGCCAACUUGCAUUCACGUGCUGCUAGUCGUCACGAUGCCGGUGUGGCAUAUGUAGAUGCCUCCAAUUGCUACAAGAAGAUUGAUGUUGAGAGCGCUGUCUCGUGCCUGCUGAAGGCGAUUGACAUCUACACCGAUAUGGGACGCUUUACCAUGGCAGCAAAGCAUCACCAGAGCAUUGCUGAAAUGUAUGAGAGCGACCCAGGAACACUGGCCAAAGCUGUACAGCACUAUGAACAAGCUGCUGAUUACUUUAAGGGCGAGGAAUCGGUGAGUUCAGCCAAUAAGUGUAUGUUGAAGGUAGCUCAAUAUGCCGCACAGCUGGAGGAUUACGAAAAGGCUAUAAAUAUAUAUGAGCAGGUGGCAGCUUCAUCGCUGGAAAGUUCACUGCUCAAAUAUAGCGCUAAAGAGUAUUUCUUCCGGGCUGCAUUAUGUCAUCUGAGUGUGGAUCUGUUGAAUGCUCAACAUGCUAUUGAAAAAUAUGCACAGCAAUAUCCAGCAUUCCAAGACUCGCGUGAAUUCAAGCUCAUUAAGGUGCUUUGCGAACACUUGGAAGAGCAAAACAUCGAAGGCUUCACAGAAGCGGUCAAAGAUUACGAUAGCAUCUCACGUCUGGACCAGUGGUAUACCACAAUAUUGCUUAGAAUUAAGAAAGCAGCCGAUGAGGAUCCCGAUUUACGAUAAAUUUAUCAUUAAUAUUAUUAAUUAUAUACAAAAAAAAAAAAAGAAAAAAUAAUAUUAUUCCAAAAUAGUAAACGUAUAUAAAAAAGAAGCAUAAAACUUAAACGUAACUUUUUAAAUUCCACAUUCACUUGUCGAAUAUUCAAUAGUUAUACAUACAUAUAAAUACUUUAUUUUUGAAGCAUACUAAAGUAACCCCAGUUAAUUAACAAAAUAAAACUAAAUUGAUUUUAUUUUAUUUCAACAGUUGUAUAACCAAAACUUCAGACACAUACAGUUAUUCUUUUACAAACAGUACAAUAACAGGAACCACUACACCCACACACACACACACACAAUUAUAACAAAAUAACACAAUAUACAGCAAACAGUUACCAAUUGCUAGUGUUUCGUAUAACAUAACGGAAAGAAAUAAUCAACAUUAUUACUAUUAUUAACAUAAUGGAAUGGAAGCAAUACUAAAGCUUCUUAAUACCAAAAAACAAAAAUAAACAUUUUAUUUUAAAAUUUCAUAUUGUGUAAUACAAAAAAUGUUUAAUAGCUAACACUAAGAAUUGCCUUGUGACAAUAUGUAGUUAGCAGAAUUUAAAAUGUAUGGAAAAUGGAAUUUUUGCAUAACUACCAAACGCUACAGCUGCGCUAAGCGUUUGCAAGUAGCGAGUAGCAAGUGAAAUAUUGAAAAGAAUGUGCGCUAAAACAAUAAAAUUGAUAUAUAAUAAUUGUGAGAAAUUACUGCUCUUACCAACGACGUAUAUGCAAUGCAAAUGUGGCUAAAAAAUGCAUGUGAAAACUAGAAAAGCAAAUAACGAACAUGCAACGCUGACAAAAACAUGCGGGAAAAUGGAGAAAUGUGAACUAAUUUGCUAGUGCGGUGCGACGAUUGAAAGAAUGGUAAUGCAAACAUGCUUGAAAUGUGCUGUUAUGUACAACUAAAUUGAGUUUUUUUUUAUUAAAAAUAUAGAAAUGAGUGUUCGUUUAUGGCAUAUUUUUUAUUAACAAUCUGUUAUAUGCACGAACUGUUUUUGUUUGCUGUAAAAAUAAUUUUUUUAUAAUAUUUUUUAACUAAUUUGUAAGUGGACAUUUGCUUUUUUGUUAUUAUAUAACAUAAUAAUAAAGUGGUUGGUUUUUUUUUGUUUUUAAUAAAUAAAAUUUAUUUAUAAUAUUUUGUUCGUUUUUAUUUAUUUCUUUUUUGUUUUAAAUUUUUUUUUUUUGUUUUUAACAUUAUUUUAAUUUUUUGUUUAAUUGUAUUUAAAAAAAAUUUUUUUUUGUUUAAUAAAACUUAAUUAAACAAAAAAACAAUUUUUUUAAGCAUACUUUUUGCUCAAGGCUAACAACUUUCAAAAACAUAUAUAUGUUGCCAAAUAAAUAUAUAGCGUUACAUACGUAUAUAUGUAUACUAACUGUAGCUGUUCGUUACAUGUUUUAAAUGUUAAUUCAGAGUUAUAACGCGUUAUUUGAAAAAAUAAAAAUUUAAAGCUGUAACUUUUUGUGUCAAAUUAUGAGAGAUUCUAUAAUAUUUAUGCAUGCAUAAAAAACAUACCAUAUAUGUAUGCAUUACAUACCAUUUAAUGGAUUUAUUUAGUUAAAUGCAACUUACAUUAAAACAAAACUUGGUAAAUGGUUUGUUUAGUUAAAUAUAUAAAUGUGUUAUAAAAGCAAAACAUAAUAACAACAACAAAAAUCAACACAAUAACUGUGUGUUAGACAAAUAGCUGCAAAGCUUGUAUAAGCAAAAAUACAUGAGAGGCAUAUUAUAAACGUGGCAAGGUAGCGAAGAAGGCAGAAAAAAGUGAAAUAAAAUUAAUUAUGGUGUAUGAGUACGCCUUUACAUUUACACUUUACUAAUAAUGUAAUGGUUUAUUAAAAAAAAAACUAUGUAAACAAAAAUCAUAUAUUAAUGCAUAUUUCUAUGUAUAAAAAGAAAUUAUUUUUAAGUAAACUUGGUAAGCUGGCCAAAAAUUAGUUAAGCUGAAUACACUGAUUCUAUAAAAAAAUGGAAAUAUAUAUAUAUAUAUACUGCACCAAAACUUAGUUUAGAAAAAUAUCUAGCGUUCAAUAACAACGACAUGAGCGCUGUAUAAGUUAAUUUAAAAAAAACUGACAUAUUUUACUUAUAAGCUUAAAUAUUAUAUAUAACUGCGUAUAUGAAAGCUAUGCAAUAAAAAUCAUGAAUUUCAAGCAGAAAACUAUUACUAAAGAACUUAAAUGCAUGUAAACACAUUGACUAACAACAAAAAAAAAAAAUAGCGCGCAUAAACGCAUAUUUAUAGAAAAAAUAAAAUCUUGGGGAGUAAACUUUGACUUAUUAAAAGUCCUAUUGGUUUUAUUAAAGUGAACAUUACCAUUGCGUAAUUGUUUGUCGAUUUCUUUUUAAUAAAACAUAAACGUUUACUAUAAUCAUUAUUAAAUACCAAAAAACAAAAACAACAAUUUAUUUUAUGCUUCAAUUAAAAUUUAUGCCUGCAUAUAACUAACCCUAAUACAUGCAAAAGUUUAUUUAAACAACCUAACAACAUUUAUAUACACAUAUAUAUAUAAACUAACAUGUAUUUUAUGCCAUUACUAAAAAUAUAUAAUAAAAAUACAAAUGCUUGUAUAAAUGAAAACAUAAAUGACAUAAUAACGUCAAAAAAUGCUGAAAAGCAAAGCAGUGUAAGCCAACAACAAUAAAGAUUACAUAUAAAUGUUAGCAAAACCAAACUCAAAUUAUAGAAAAUCAUCUGUAGUGAAUUAAUAAAAAUUAUUAGCAAAUACUAACAAAAUAUAUAAAUUAUAAUAACAAACAAAAAAUUAAAAAUUUGAUGCCGCGAAGAAAAUGAUUUAUUGUUCUUAUAUUUAAUAACACAUAAGAGAUGUUUAAGCAACCAUUCCUUAAAACCAAAUAAAAAACAAAAACACAAAUAAGUAUUUAUUGUAAUUACAAAGUAAUAAAAAGAAUCGAAGCGAGGAAACGUUGCAAAAAUACCGAAAUUGUAAAAGCUAUGGCCACAUUAGCGUAGGAAGGGAAUGUAAAUGACGAAAUUGUUCAGCGAGUUGCAUAGCAAAUAACGGCUGUACAAGAACAACAGCAAUUAAAGCUAGGCGCGUGCAAGAAAGUCACAGCAGUUGAUAAGAGCAACUACAAAAAAAAAAAAAUAUUGAAAUAAAAUACCAACACGCCAAACAAGCUUUGCAGCAAGCAAGAAAAAAAAGCGAGCUCAAAAAUAAUUGACGAAAAAACAAAAAAACCAAAAGCAAGUCAAAGCAAGCGAACAAAAAAUAAUUGGCAAAAAAUUGAAGUCAAAACCCGAAUUCAACGAAUAAAAAUUAAAGACAUUUCGACAAGGACUUUAACCUUAUUAGAAAACUUACAAAGGACAAUACAAAUAUAUUAUGCAGCUAAGUAUGUGUGUUAAAGUUUCAAAACACUUUCAAAAAUAUGCAAAAUAUCGUAAUAUAACACGAAUAGUGGUUACAAACUACUUAAAAAGUGUUCAAAAAUGCAUAGUAUCACUCGAAAAUCAUGCAAAUAGCACUAAAGCUUAAAUUUCAAAACUGUUUCAAAAAUAUGCACGUCUAAAAACGUGCAAAAAGCGUUCCAAAUUGCACUGUGACAUCUACAAAUCGUGCAAACAGCACUUAAGCUUUAGUUUCAAUACUCUUACAAAAUUAUGCACGUCUAAAAACGUUCAAAAAUGCAUUGUAGCGUUCGAUAAUUAUACAAAAAAGAUUUACGCUUAAGUUUCGAAACUUCUUCAAAAUUAUGCACGUCUGAAAACGUGUAAAAAGCGUUCAAAAAUGCAUUGUGUCACUCGAAAAUCACACAAAAAGCGCUUAAUGCGGUUCAAAAUAGUUUGAAACAUUUUUAGAUGUUUUCAAAAAGUAUACAAUUGCAAUAAGCAGGCAUCUAAGCAGUCGAAAACGCAAAGUCGGUGCUCAAAAUGUGUUCAAACUGUUUCACGUAAAACUAAAAAACAGCGCAAACAAGUUGGUUUCGAACAAGUUAAUUGACAAAAUAAUGACGCAGUUUUAUUUAAAGCAGACACAAUUACUGCAAACCACUUCCAAACCUUUUUAAAUAAUUUCCGAAAACGCUAAAAAUAUAACUAAAAGUUCGGUAACAUUGAAAAUUUAACUAAAAAUGCUGCUAGUAUUGAAAAAACGCGUAUGGCGUGCUUAAAACGUGUCAAAACCGUUGCAAUAUUUUUCAAAAAAUUAAAAAACAACUCAGACACAAUGAUUUCGUAGAAAUUAACAAUUAAAAUUGCUUGAUUUCCUACGAAUUGCCAGUGAAAAUUUUAUUUCUAGGCGUCAAAAGCGUUGCGAAAGUUUUUUAAAAUCUCAAAUCAAUUUCAAGCCAAACAGCAACGCAAAUUAUGCGAGCACUUAAGUUUUUGAAAAAAUACUGACUUAGCUUCACUUAAAAUACACGCAAACGUAUUCGAAACUAUAUGCAUAUUUGCAAAAAUGUCAAAAGCGCACCAAUAACGGACAGUUUAUAAAAAAAAACUACGAAUGCGCAAAUGCAUACAAAUUAAAUAUUAUUAAUGAUUACAUAAUUUUAUAAAAAUAUGUAUUUGAAAGUUAUUUAAUUUUUGUGCAUUUGCGUCACGCAAAAAAAACUAAAAUUUAAAAAACAUCAAUGUUUUGUAAACGGCUUAAAAUAUAAUUAAAUAAUACGCGUAUAACCUCACAUUUUACUAAAACCACUAUAAAACACUCACUUAUGUACCAUAGCAAAUAUUUCACUCAAAACACUAGCAUGCACUCACUUGUACAAUAAGCAUUUUGUAACCAAAGCAGAUUUUCAAAAAAAAAAUAAUAAUAAUGCAAAUAUUGUUCGAAAGUAGUCUAAAUUGCAUUUUGGACUUUAUUUGAACAGUAAUUGUUUAUAAAAAAAAAAGCUUUGGUUUGCAAAAGCCAAAAUAAUUCUAAAAACACAACCCUGCAUUUUUUCAUAUUACAAUAGCAACUCAUAACACCGCAGUAAAGGGCAAUUGUUAGACAAAUACAACACUAUAAAAUUUUAAAAUUCUACAAUUCUCUGCAACUUUAAAAUCUAAACUUUGAAUCAUUAAAAAGUGCAGCGCACAUUACGAAAAAAAAACAAUAAAUAUAUAUAUAUGUAUUAAUUCAAUUUAUAUAGAAAUUUGUCAAAUUAAGUAGUUGAAACUUGCACCAAAGCGCGCAAACACACACAACAACAACAAAAAAACAACAAAAGCAAUAAUGAAAUUAAUUGCAUAACUCACAACGAUACAUUAAAUUUCGAUUUCAUUAAUUAUGCAACAAUAAAAACAACAACAACAUGCAUAAAAAACGCAGCAAUUUCAGUAAUUUUCAAACUUAAAAUUUGUGUGUAAUUCGUUAAGAACAAAUAGUUGAAACAUUAACCGUACACUGACCACUAAAAAAAUCAGGAAAUAUUAAAUGGUAAUUUAUAAAAAAAAUGUAGCGCAAUAAAAUUUAGUAAAUUGAAGUGAAGAACACAAAAAAAACACGAAAAUCUUUAUGUCACCGCCGUUGAAUUGAAUAAGAAUAUUAAAAACAAAAACAAAUAAUAAUAAUUAAUUAAUAUGUAUUAAUGAUUAAUGUCUGGCAUUUAAAUUGAUGGUGUUCAGCUUGAAUGAGAGGCGCCAAGGGUCCGUCAAACUUAAGUGAAACUAAAAAAUUGCACGGCAAAGUAUUUUACUUUUGAAAAUUGUAUGAAUUGUAAUGUUGAAAUAAACAACCAUAAAAAACCAAAAAAAAAAAAAAAGUGAAAAUGUUGAAACAUUUGAAGUUUAAGCAGUCGAUGUAACAGAUGUAUAAGAACAACAACAACAAAAAACAGCGUUAAGAAGCGUUAAAUGGGUGUGCAUUUUAAAGCCGCCCGAUAAUAUUAAAUUUGCUUUGAGGGUCACAAAUAUCGAAAUUUCCAUCUCAACUAUUAAUUGUUGAUUAGUAAAAAAAAAAACAAAAACAAAAAUAAUAAUGUUUAAGAAAAAUAAAGCAAACAAUGCAUUAAAUUUAAAUUAAAUAUAUAGCAAAAGUUGAAGCGAUAAAGUAAAAUUAAAGCAAAAACAAAAAACACAAAAUCAAAUGUAAUAAAAUAAAAUUCAAUUAAAUAAUUAAUUGUUAAGCAAACAACUAAAAAAAAAAACAAGUUUUACUAUAAUUCAAACACUAAUUCUCUUAACAAAAGAAAACUAUCAAAAUAACUUAAAUUUAAACUUUCACUCAUCUCAACACACACACACACAUACAAACGCUUGACAAUUGCCCUUAAAAAUGCUAAAAAUACAGAAAUUUAAUAAAUUUAAAAAAAUAUACAUAUAUAAAUAGUAAAUACAAAUCAAACAGCCGUUUAUAAACGUUAUAAAUUACAACAACAAAUAUGACAGCAGCCGUUUAUAAACGUUAAAAAUUACAACAACAAAUAUGAUAUAAGCUGCCACCUAAAACAAAGUUACGCAAAAUUUAAAAAAUGAUAUACAAACAAACGGCAAUGUCACGAAUUAAAAGAGAAAUUUUAAAUUGAAGAUCAAAUUCGAAUUUGAAAAAAAUAUGCAUGUUUU